AUGGAACCAGGAAAGGAGAAAGCUCUCCCCACCAGUAAAGAGGGGAUGAAACAAAUGGCAGGAAAGGCCCUCGGGGCUCUGUACAGGAGACUCGAAAAGCGGCAGCAAACAGGUGAAGCGAUCGAGCUGACGGAGGAUGGGAGACCGCGAGCGGACGAGGAGCGGAAGACGCCCCUGUGUGACUGCACGUGCUUCGGGCUGCCGCGCAGAUACAUCAUCGCUAUGCUGAGCGGGCUCGGCUUCUGCAUCUCCUUCGGUAUCCGGUGUAACUUGGGUGUGGCCAUCGUCAGCAUGGUCAAUAACAGCACAAUCCACCAAAACGGCAAGAUAAUCAUCAAAGAGAAAGCGAAAUUCAACUGGGACCCGGAGACUGUGGGGAUGAUUCACGGUUCCUUCUUCUGGGGCUACAUAGUUACUCAGAUUCCAGGAGGGUACAUCUCCUCCAGGCUGGCUGCAAACAGAGUUUUUGGUGCUGCCAUCGUGCUGACAUCCACCCUGAACAUGUUCAUUCCCUCUGCCGCCCGGGUGCACUACGGAUGUGUCAUCUUUGUGAGGAUAUUGCAAGGGUUGGUGGAGGGAGUGACUUACCCGGCCUGCCACGGGAUCUGGAGUAAAUGGGCUCCGCCGCUGGAAAGAAGUCGUCUGGCAACCAUCUCGUUUUGUGGAUCAUACGCCGGUGCAGUGAUCGCCAUGCCUCUGGCUGGGAUUCUGGUCCAGUAUACUGGAUGGUCCUCUGUCUUCUAUGUGUAUGGAUCCUUUGGGAUAUUUUGGUACAUGUUCUGGAUUUUGGUGUCCUACGAAAGCCCGGCAGAACAUCCAACAAUCACCGAGGAGGAGCGCCGUUACAUCGAGGAGAGCAUUGGCGAAAGUGCCCAGCUCAUGGGCGCGAUGGAGAAAUUCAAGACUCCCUGGAGGAAAUUCUUCUCUUCUAUGCCUGUCUAUGCAAUCAUUGUGGCCAACUUCUGCAGAAGCUGGACCUUUUAUCUGCUUCUCAUCAGUCAGCCUGCAUACUUUGAAGAAGUUUUUGGCUUUGAGAUCAGCAAGGUUGGAAUCCUGUCAGCUCUCCCUCACUUGGUCAUGACCAUCAUCGUGCCUUUAGGAGGUCAGCUAGCAGACUACCUGCGAACCCACAACAUCAUGUCCACCACUACGGUCCGCAAAAUCAUGAACUGUGGAGGCUUUGGCAUGGAGGCUACUCUUUUACUAGUGGUUGGUUAUUCCCACAGUAAGGGGGUGGCCAUCUCUUUCUUAGUUCUGGCGGUGGGAUUUAGCGGUUUUGCAAUAUCAGGUUUCAACGUGAACCAUCUAGACAUUGCCCCUCGCUAUGCCAGCAUCCUCAUGGGCAUUUCCAACGGUGUGGGAACGCUGUCAGGGAUGGUCUGCCCUCUUAUAGUGGGAGCAAUGACAAAAAACAAGACUCGUGAAGAGUGGCAGUAUGUCUUCCUCAUUGCUUCUCUCGUGCAUUACGGAGGCGUGAUAUUUUACGGGCUCUUCGCAUCGGGGGAGAAACAGCCAUGGGCUGACCCUGAAGAAACCAGCGAAGAAAAGUGCGGUUUUAUAGAUGAGGACGAGCUGGCAGAGGAGACGGGGGACAUCACCCAGGGAUACGGUGCGAUGGGAGGUCCGGCUAAAAGCUACGGGGCCACGGGGCAGCUGAACGGAGGCUGGGUGCAGGACUGGGAUAAAACGGAGGAAUACGUACAGGAGCCAGCGGGAAAGAUGUACACCCAGCGCGGCUACUCUUAA